GGUUACCAUAGAAACUGAACUGGCUCUGUUUUGUCGCUUUUCUUGACCAGAACAGUCAUGGAAGUUACAUCUUCACCCAAUAUAUAUGAGAAGUAAUAGACUAAAUACAAACUCUUGACGUUCGACAUGGGUUUUUAUAUAUGAAAUCGAACACGUUUUUCCGAGCUGGUGAGCACAAUGAGUCCAUCAGGAGAUCAAAUGAGCCCAGAACUGAAGGACCUGGUCGCAGACACUCGAGAACAAUCUGAAAACAAGGUUAACGACGUGCUUUCAAAAUUAAAAGAUCUUGUAGGCAGGACGUCUUUAGGAGAUCAGAGGGAUCUGGAGGCAUGUAAACUGAGUCUUUACUCUCAUGGUGUGCUGCAGUACUGCUCCUCUUCCCUGAAGUUCAGUCCAGCCAAGAUUCACGGAGGCUAUGCGGUUCUGACACAGAUGGCAGACCUCCUCAGCACAUGCUGUGUGGGUCUGGGUGCUUUCAGAGACAUGGAGGUGUUUAGUCAUGAAUUUCUGCCUUCUGUGGUGGAAAGCCUUCUUUUUCUUGCAGAACGUCUAAUGAACAGAGCUUUGCGGGACAAGGCACAUAAUGAGAUAAUUCGUUUAUUUAGAAAAGUCUUUGAUUCGAUUGGCUGGCUCCUCAGGGCUCAUACACAUCUCAUUCAUCAUGUACUCGGAUCUAAACAUUAUGAGAACAUCCAAAUCUGUGAAGAUGAUGACGUCUCCUUUGUUACUGUCACCAUGUGGAACAAUAUCUUCAGGGCAAACGGUGCUGUUGUAGCUGAGAUGGGAAACAGGGCUCUGACUGACAUCAUGGAUGAUAUUGUGUAUAAAAUGUCCAGUAGCUCGAAUCCUGUGAUUGGCAGAGCAGCUGUAAAGACCCUUGUUCUAAUUAUGGACCACAGCAGCUCAACCCAUCAGCUCAUUCACAGGCGUUACAGAGGUUUGGCUGAUUUGGCUGUGAAAGACUGGCGUGGUAAAGGCUUUGACUCUGUACUGGAUCAGCUUAUUGAUCACUUGCGGUCAGAUGUCCCAUGGAGAGACACUAAGUCCACUUAUGAUGAUAGUUAA